AUGAAAAAUUCGUGGGAUCUAAAUGGAUGCGUUCAGGAAAUAGUAAAAGCGCGACUUGUCAGGGACGACAAGGAUAAGGUACAAUUUGUUAAAGAGAUUAGGGAUAGUUGUGGUGAAAUCGUACGUGGCAAAAUUAGUACUAAAACACAUGGUUGUUAUCUUUAUGUCCCAAAAGGUAUUAAAGCUACCGGAUAUCAUUCAUUAGCUGGACACCCAAAUACGGAACCUUAUGAAUUAGAAACUACUAGCUGGACGGAAUCUGGUGACUUAAUGGGCGUGAGACAUCGUGAAUUUACAAUCGAAGGUGUACAAUUUCAUUCUGAAAGUAUCAAAUUUCUUAAGGCUUCAAGGUGGUAA